AUGUCACAUCGCUCCCACCCGAAGAAGUGGUCUGGAAGCCGCUUGAAGCCCAUCGCGGACUCUCUGGAAGCGGUGGGUUUUGUAUCCAAAGGCGAUCGCAAAUUAUUAGAUCAUAAAGCCCAGAAUGACUACUUUUCCCAAAUUGUUGAACGAUAUAUGGGUUUCUGUGCCCGCCAUUCCGAAGACUUAGACGCCGCGUGGUUAUCUCUCCCGACCAGUGCAUCAGGCGAUGCCACGAAGAACCCCCCGGCCGUUCUUCCCCGUACGAAAGAAAAGCAACCCGCCACAAACAGCCCAUCGGCAUCCGCAGAACUAUCCACCCUUCUUCUUUCCCUCCGCAAGCUUCGUGAAGCGAUCCUAGCAACCGCAUCCACAAUACCUGUCUCAUUCUCCCAACGCGUCCAUGUCUUCUCCGUCAGGAUAUCUAUCCAAGCCAAGCAUCCUCCGUCGUACUUCCCUUCUCUUCGCUACCUACUUGAGAAACUACACUCCCCUUCUCAUCCAUUGCCGGAUUCGGAGUUGAAAGAUCUCACCUCGUAUCUAAUCCUCGACUACGCCUGUCGACAGGAUGAUCUGAUUGCAGCUUUUGAGCUGCGCGCGCAGGUGCGCCGCAAACAUGCGUUUCAGUCGCACACAGUCGACCGUGUGUUAACAGCCCUGGCGCAUGACAAUUGGGUCGUAUUCUGGCAGGUUCGAAAAGAAGUGGAUUCCUCCAUUCGGGCGUUGAUGAAUUGGGCUGAAGAUCGAGUUCGAAGACACGCACUCAAGGCCGUCGGUAGUGCCUACCUCAACGUUGGGAUGCAAUGGAUCACCGAAGGUUGCACUGGAGACAAGUCCUGGACAUGGGAUAAACUAGUAGAGACGGAGAAGCUUGGUUGGCAGAGAGAGGGUGACAAGAUCAUCAUCCGUAAACCAAAACCCAGGCCACAAACCGUUCCUGUAUCAAAGUAA